AUGCAGCGGGCAAUAUACGUUCAACCCGAACCGCUCUCAUUUGAUCCUCUAAUCCACCCUCGCCCGGCCAAAUGCUCUGCCAUACAUGCCCCACUCGACGAAACUGUUGGUCUGAUAGACGACGAAUGCUGGAGCAUCGGCUCCUUAAUGUUUUGCAAGAAAUUCAAGGAUGAAAAGGAUAUGCCCCCCGACGUGGUAUGCAGUUGGAGUGAUAAUGGUGCAACAUAUGGCUUGCUCAAAAGGACCCCUCCGAAAUUAGAUCUAGUUUCGGAAGGAAAUCACGAGGCAGGAGCAUUCGGCGGUUUUGCCUGCCCGCACCACGGGAUAUGGAAUCUUAGCCCAGGAGUGUUUUGCAGAGUCAAAUUUUGGUCCGAAGGUCUUACGACAGAGGCUAGCACAAUCCGAUUUGUCAACAAGCACGUUCCUUCGGUGCCAACAGAGGAGAUACUAUACGACUGGGUUGACCGAGUAUGGAACAAAACAGUUAUAAUAACAAGAGCAGUCCCUGGGACAGUAUAUAAGGAUGCGUGGCUGGGUUUUACAACUGAACAAAAGCUUCACGUCGCAGAUCAGGUUGCGGAGCAUUGCAGAGCACUUGCCGAAUUAACGUCGGAUUACGUUGAGACCGUUGAGGGAACUGGGAUAGAUGGGAUGUUCUCUCUUCGGGAGCGAGAAUGCCUGCCCCACUGGAUCCCCAGGGUUGAACCAAGAGUCGCACGGGACGAUUAUUUGGCAUAUCUCAAGAGGCUUUACGGCGUACUGGACGUUCCCGGCGCGGGAGAGCCGCUUGUCUUACAGCAUCCUGAUCUCUCUCCAGGCAAUUUCUUCGUAACAACACCAUCCGACCCCAAAGAGAUGCCAAAGGUAACAGGACUUAUUGAUUGGGAGCAUGUAGGAUAUAAUUUCAAGUGGCAGGUAAGCUCUCGGCCGCGGGGAGUCCGGGACUUUAGGGUGUAUGAUUUUAGUUCAAAUCCAGAUCUGCCUAACCGCAAUGGCACAGAUUGGCAAUGGAUGCUGUCAAAUGCGUGUGUCCGCGAAGGCUUUCCCUUGGAAUUGGAGGUUAUGUUUGACAGCGUAAAGGAAUUUGUUAUAUGCUAUCCUGGCACCCAGGCCAAAAACUUUAUCUGCUCCGAAAAUUUACCGACACAAGAGGUGAGUGAUUAA